AAACCUCUCUGGGCCUGAGUAGGUGUCCUCCCUGCUCUAGGAGGGAGGAUCAGUCUGCCCUGCUGGCUGGAGCUCUCUGUCUCCCUCCCUGGAGAACCGCUGCUGGCUAAGACCCCUUCUGGGAGCUGCUGCUGCUACCGCUGUGGGGAAGGGGGGGGGCUUUGCUGGCCUGCCCCAUUCCCACCCCUCUAGAGGAAGAAGCGAGGACCCCACCACCACCGUUGUCACCUCUUCUGCCUGGGUCCUUACCUGGCUGCUUCUUUGCCCACCACCAUCCAGCACUGUUUCCAGCAGCGAGCAAGGACUGGAGUGAGCCCCACAAGCACUGCUGAGGUGCAGGUGACCUCUAACGCCUUGCCAGCCUUGACCCUCGCCCCAGGGCACGCUGGGAGUUGUAGUCCCCACCCACAGUAGGCGAAAACCGGUCCUGCCCGGGAUCCCCGCCUGGCACCCUCCUGAGCCUCGCGCUCUUGGGGACCGACGAGCCCAGAGGGACAGCGGGGAGCGCGCCCCGCUCAGUCCCGCCAGAGAACGAGACCAGAGCGCCCAGAAUGCAUCGCGGCAGGAUGGCGGCUCGCCCAUUGUAUUGUGAAGGAGGACUACGGCCCCCAACAUGCACCGCGGGCCGGAACCGAUCCCGGGACUACAACUCCCGGCAUGCAGCGAGGCAGGCGUCUGCGCUAGGCCAAGCUCAGGGAGUCGACUGUCCGUGGGGCCGGGGCUGGCAUGAACCUAGAGCGGGUCUCCAACGAGGAGAAGCUCAACCUGUGCCGGAAAUACUACCUGGGUGGCUUUGCCCUUCUGCCCUUUCUCUGGCUGGUCAACGUGCUGUGGUUCUGCCAUGAGGCCUUCCUGGCACCCGCCUACACCGAGCAGCCGCAGAUCAAGAGUUAUGUCCAGCGCUCGGCCGUGGGGCUGCUGUUCUGGGUGAUCAUGCUGACCACAUGGGUCACCAUCUUCCAGACACACCGGGCCCGGUGGGGCGAGUUGGGCGACUACCUGUCCUUCACCAUCCCACUGGGCAUCCCCUGAUGGCGCCCGGCGUGCUCAGAGGACAUCCAAGAGGCCCCCUCCAGCUGGGACCAGCAGGGGUCACAUCCCUGCCCCUCCUGCUAGAGCUGCUGUUCCUGGCUGGGGGUGCUGGUCCUCCGUGUACCCAGUUCUGCCCUGUGAUCCCACCUGGGCUGUGCCCCCCACUCCAGGAGAAUCAAUAAAGCUGAGGCCCGUUUCACCCUG